UUUCCCUCCUUCUUUCCCUCCUUCUCUCCCUCAUUCUUUCCCUCCUUCCUUCCCUCCCUCCUUCCUUCUCUCCCCCCUUCCUUCUCUCUCUCCCUGUCCAUUCACCCAUUGGAACAUCUCCUGUGAGAUUAUUUUUUGUUUGUUUGUUCACGCGUUUGGGAUUUUGCUCCCGAAUCCUUUGGGUCUCAGCUCUUGGCUUCUUCCUUUGUGUUGCUUUGCGUCUUUGGCACUUGGUUUUUCCACUUGAUUCUGGAAAAUGGAAGAAGCUCUUGGCCAGCCCCCAGGCGGGUGUCCCUGGGCAGGGAGGGCCGAGGUUCAGUGCCUGAAGGAGCCAUCGAGAAAGCUGGCCAUAAUGGAUAUUAGAAGAAGGAGCUUCGAUAAAAUUACAAGGCCUGCAUCUAGCUUAAGAGCUUAUCGUAAUUGUAGAUCUUUAAGUACAUCUAUGGAGUUCUUAACACCAGAACUGUGUUUGCCAAAGGUUGAUACACCUGUCGGUUUGGCUGGUAGUCGUCAAAGAGACAGUCUAGAAGACUGCUAUCCAGAAGAAAAUAAAGGUGAUGACAGAGGGGAAUCUAGUGUCAAGGAAGUAAGAGCCAAUCAGCAAACUUCAGUGGCAAGUACGGCAUCUUUUAUUCAGAAGUGUGUACUGAAUCCCACAAACUCUUCCAACUUGGCAGAUUCUGAAGAAACAGAUGUGGAUCCUCAGAUUCAAGCAGCUCUAAAGAAAAUGCAUAAACUUGACACAAUACUGGCAAAAAAACAAUUUAAGGAGAGAGCAGUUAAAAAACAAGGCAAAGAAAUGAGGGCAAAGAUCUGUGAGGAACUUCAGUCAAUUGGUACAACUGGCAGCCAUGAGGAGGUAGAAAACACGAAACUCUUUUUAGCUUUGAUUUCAUCAGGGCAGGAUACAACUGAUUGUCCAAGUGAAUUAGAAACAAAUGAAUUUCUCAAUCAAGCAGAAAAAACGCAUAGCAAGAGUAGAAACAAUCCGGAUUUCAUUAAAAGGAAUAUUGAGCUAGCAAAAGAUUCGGGAAGCCAGAUUGCUCUGCUUGAGGAAGAAAGACAAAGGCUAACCGAACUAUUGAAAGAUACAGAGGAUGGAAUUGAAUUGCAAGGUCUUGAGCAGGAGGAUGUCUCUGGUUUGCUAGCACCAGGAGAAGGAUACACACCUGAACCGAUUGAAUUUCAUCACCUCAAUGAGAUAAACAUUAAGCUUCAAGUGCUACUCUCUAAUGGGGGGGAUUUUUCUGCUAUUUCCAACUCUUGCUCAAAAUCUCCAAGCCAGAUUUAUCAGGAAGCUCUGGCUUAUGCAAACAGAAGCCUAGAAGCAGUUCCAGGUGAAAAAGUUCUGCGGGACAAUAAGGAACAAUGUGAUCAACAAAAUCGUCUGAAAGAAAUAGAUCAUCAGCUGAAAUGCCUAGAGGAAAAUUUUACUGAAGAAAAAAUGGGCCUCUCUGAAGAGCAGCUUAAGACUCUUCUGGAAGAAUGUAUGCAGUCUCAGAGAACAAUGAGCAACGUUACCAUGCCAAAGUCUCAGGAAUCUCUUUCUUGUGAAUUAAGUCCCCCUUGUUACACAAGGCAAGACUCCACUUUUCACUCUGCAUCUACUCUUUCCAAAAUGUUAUUUGAAGACCAUAUUGUAGGGAUGUUAAUGGCUCAGGAAAAGGCUAGACUUGAAGACAAAAGCUUAUGUGUUAAUGCAAAGAGUGAAAUCCCUGGCUACUAUAUCAGCAAAGCAAUGGCUGAUAGUCACUUAUCAAAGGAUUCACUGGCCCAAACAGAAGAACAUGAUGACUUAGAAGGUUUACUGAAGAUGGGAGAUAAGAGUGUUACUGAAGGUCACUUUAUGUCAAGAGCACUCAACACAAAAAGGUUGAAGAAACGUUCUUUCUUGGAUGAACCAUUAUAUUGCAUCAGCACGAACAAUGAGCCAUCCACAGAGGCUGACAUUCUCAGCAUACCACUGCAAACCAAAGGAGUUUUCAGCUAACUUCACAUGCCAGCUUUGCUGUGCCUGUAGAUGCAAGUAUCUGAAGAGUGGAGUAAGGGAAGAAGGAAGCGAUCUGCCCCAGGAGUGGGGUGACGGUGGAGGUGAUUGAUGGGGAACAUCAGACAGCCACCUCUGCCAGCGGCAACCUGAUCUCAUGCGGGUUUAAUAUGACUAUGUACUACACCACCAGUCUUCUUCAGCAACCGAUAACAAGAAACUCUCAACUUGCUGCCUUCACAUGAAUUAGAGUUCUCUUUUAGUCUGAACAGAUGUAGUGCCAAGUCAAGUGUGAUUCAGCACCGACUACCAUCUCUCUUCAUUAGUGUAUUUUAAGAUAAGAUGCGUUACAUCAAGCAAAAUGCCAUGCACUGUAGCUACUAUGUAGUGAAGUGAAAGAAGAUGAGAGAAAUGAGAUUCCAGCUAUCAGGUAAACUCCCAUGUGGGACAUUGGAUGGAAAAAGUCUUUAAAGUGAAUGUGUUAAUAUUUGUCACGUUAUAAUUUAAAUAUCUUUGAGUCAUAAUAAUGCAUUGUGUCAGAGCAGUGCAAUGGGUUGUUCUGAUUAUCUGUUUCAGUUGUGGCUGGGUAAUGCUCAACAAUAUAGACCUCAAGUCUGUAUGGUUAGUAAGCAUCUUGGGUUUAUGUUAACUUUGCUUGUGACAGUUUUUUUUUUUGUUUGUUGGGGGAGGAAGGAAAUGCUUGGAGUUUUCAGAGUCCCUGAAUCUUUUCAUUUUUACUAAAAACAAAAUUAAUAAUAUAAUUACAAAUAUCGUAACCUCAUCAGGCUUUGAGUCUGAAUCAGUGUCUGAUUUUUUAAAAUUACGUGAAAAAGUAAUCUUUAGAUACAAUGAAAGUAAAUGCGAAAUAAAGCACACUUCAGAGCUUUCUAAUUGUUUUUACAUAAGUGCUAAAUGUUUUGCUGUUAUCCAUAAGUUUAAGUUCAAAUGAAUUAUAUUGAUUUAUUGUAUUCCAUUAAUAUACUAAAAGGUAGAUCCAGAAUUAGCCUUUAAAUAGACAGUAGUGCGUUAUUUUUGUCAACGUACUGCUUAUGAGAAAGCGUACAGCAUAAAAUGGAAAAUCCUGAUACCUUUCCAUGGAAUUAGUUUCCCACAAAGUUGACUCAGUUCUGUCUUAAGGAAUUGUUCCUGGCCAUAACCAAAAGGUUGUGAUGUUUAUCAAAUUUCUUAAGUUGCCUAAUGUAUUCUAUAGGUGAGUUUGCUGUUAGUUCAGAUAUAAUUAAAUGUGCUAAUUGUAUUGAGGAAUGGAGAUCCCAGUGGAGUCCAGUUUAAGGCAAAUACAUCCACAGAUGGAAGUGUGAGAAGUGUCAGCUGUUAUUUUUAUUUUUAAGUAACAUUUACAUAGUUGAGCUUUGUUAUGGUCUUAAUUCUAAAGGACAUUUAAACAUAUAUACAUAAUCUUCUGCAAAUAGUUUGAUUUUCUGGCCUGCUACAUGUGGUCUAAACUGUGUAGUGCUGUGUAAGCAAACAAAACUGUGCUUCUGUGUAAUUGGUUAUGCAGAAUUUUGGUUUUGCAAUCAUUAUGGUAUUGCAGUCCAUGAUAUAGAUAGAUUUACUGCAAUACAUUAAUUUACAUAUAUUUUAAGGAAAAUGUAAUUAUUAAUAUAAUUCAUAUAUAUAUAUUUGUGUGUAUAUGUCUGAAGGAAACUCUUGUACCUUCAGAAAUAAGUAAUUCCUGCCUCUUGAAAGAAGCAGUCGGGGUCAUAUGCAUAUAAGUAUAGGUGAUGUUCACUGAGAGAAGCAGAAGCCAGACUUAGCCACAUACAGAUAUGAAAAGGUUUUUAUUUGUCAGUUUUUUUAGCCAAUUGGGAAUUAUUUCCAGCUCUUUUUUGGGGGGGCUAUAUUAACUUUAGAAUAGAAAUAUCAUAAAUUCACGUUGCUUUUUCCUCUUGCAAAUAAUACUUGUGCUUGCAGUGGUUCAGCAUAUGAUUCUUUUCUUUUUUUACAAAUGACAUGAAGAUUGGAAGUUGAGGGGAGAGUGAUUAUAUGCUUCUUUACGCAAUCAUUUUUCUGCAAGCGAUUAAAUCUCCAUCAGUGAAUUUAUGCUGGUACAGUAUCAUUUCAGACAAUGU